CCAAACCUUGGUUACCAUAAUCCUGCAACUUUUCACCUUUACAUCUAGUGUUGAUUGAAAUGCGUGGUUCAACGAAGCUACCCUAUGAUUACUUUAAAAAAGUGGUUCAUGUUUUGAAAGAAAAAUGCUCGACUUGUUAAAUGAUAAUCACACUUUUAGUUUCAAAUUUAUAAUCAAGUUUAUUUGAGGUAGAAUCCAACUAUGAAUAGAUAUAUCACCUUUAAUCAAUUAGGAGAUGGAACCUAUGGUUCUGUGCUCCUGGCGCAGCGGAUUGAUACAGGCGAAAAAGUGGCAAUAAAAAGAAUGAAGAGGAAAUAUUACUCUUGGGAAGAAGCAAUGAACCUGAGGGAAGUAAAGUCAUUAAAAAAAUUGAGUCAUGCAAAUUUAAUAAAAUUGAAAGAAGUGAUACGAGAAAACGACACUUUAUAUUUUGUUUUCGAAUACAUGAAGGAAAAUAUGUAUCAACUGAUGAAAAGCAGAGAUAAAUUAUUCCCCGAAUCAGUAAUCAGAAACAUGAUGUAUCAAGUUCUUCAAGGAUUAGCUUUCAUGCACCGACAUGGUUUUUUCCACCGGGAUAUGAAACCUGAAAAUUUAUUGUGUUGUGGAACAGAAUUAGUGAAAAUCGCUGAUUUUGGACUAGCCCGUGAAAUACGAUCACGACCUCCAUUUACAGAUUACGUGUCUACGAGAUGGUACAGAGCUCCAGAAGUUUUACUUCAUUCUACAAAUUACAACAGUCAAAUUGAUUUAUGGGCCGUUGGUUGCAUCACAGCUGAAUUAUACACAUUUACACCAUUAUUUCCGGGGAAUAGCGAAAUUGAUCAAAUUUUCAAAAUUUGCUCAAUUUUGGGAACGCCUGAUAAAAGAGAUUGGUACGAAGGUUAUCAAUUGGCUUCCGCUAUAAAUUUCACAUUCCCUCAGUUUCGGCGAACUCCAUUAUCUACAGUAAUACCAAAUUCCGGGGAAAAUGGAAUUAUUCUAAUGGAAUCCCUGUUAAAUUGGAAUCCUGCUAAAAGACCAACUGCUCAACAAGCACUAAGGAUGCCAUACUUUCUAGUUGGUCAAAAAUCACUCGAAUCUGAAUCUCGAAACCUUACUCGAAUGAAUGCGAAUAGACGUCUUAUGCAAAAUAAUAUACCUCAAUCCCAACUUAUGCCACUUCAUUCUGUAUACAUUAAUCAAAAUAUCCCACUGAUGCAGAAUCAGUCGAUAGGAUUAAAACAAAAUGGAAACGUGUUUUUGCAGCAAUCAAACCAAAACACAAAUCCCAUGUUAUCGAACCAAAAUAUAGUAACGAGCUACAAAACAGCAGAUGCAACUGAAAAUUUACAGAAUAAGGAAAUCAAACAGGAAUUCAAUAAUUCACUCUUGAAUAGGCAAGAUACCCUGAAAGAAAAUAAACCUAUGACCGAGAGAUCAGGUUUGCCAAGUCAGCAAAAACUAAGUGCAAAACAACACUACCUCAGUAUUGCUCGAUACGUUGCUGGAAGAUCAACAAAUCUCGCAAAAAAUCGAGAUCAUUUUGUUCUGAAGAAUCCGCUUAUAUUACCUCAGAAAUCUAACGAUAUGGAAUACUUAUUUAAUGGAACAUACAUGCCGAAUGAUUUGAAUGCGGAUGUUAGAAAAAAUUCUGCUUCAAAUGGGCGAACAGAUUGGGCAGCGAAGUAUUUGAAAUGAACAUUCAUUACAUCCUUUCACUACAAAUGUUUUUAUACAAUAUGUUCAUUUUUAAUAAAUUUUAGACGUUUUAGUUUUUAAUUAAGAA